GAGAGAUACUGGAUUGAAGGGCUGAUGAAUUAAUUAUUAACGUUAUGCAUCAAGCCAUACAAAUUAUUUACACGAAUUAAAUUAGGAUCGUGAUUUUUGUACGUGACUGACCUUUUGGAAUAAAAUUAGACAAAAAUUAAAUUGUAAAAAUGUCUGGUGGAGAGAGAAAGAAAAGAGGAGCCGACCGAGGGCAUGGAUGGGAGGAGGCUGGUGCAGAAUUCUAUCAAGAGAGUUAUCCAGCAGCCAUGGAGGCAGACCUACAACAAGCACUACAAAGAGAUCCCUCACACAUAGCAACUUUACUUCCUAGCAAAAAGUCUCGCGUUGCUACGGCAAAACGAAUUCGUAAUGAUACGAAAACCACAUUGAGGAGGCGUACGAGCACUAGAUCUCGUGGUACCACAACUUCAAGGCGUAUGUCAACCAAUAUACACGACGCGGCCGUAUCGAUGCUACCAGAUCUAUCGGAAAACUUAUCCAAUGAGGAGCGCACUUGGGAGGAGAUUAUGCAGAUAAAAGCCAUGCCUGUAUGCAUGUCUCAGAAAAUACAAUUGAAGAACCAACUACAGAGUGCUACAAAACUAAGACUUCAGGGCUUUGAGCAACUGAAAUGGCAGCGCAGGAAAGCUUGGCAGCAAUUCCGCAUUAGAAUGAAAGAAGCUUACUCCAAGAUGGAGUUAUGGAACGACAGUCUUAAGAAGAUAGGCGGAAAUUUUGGGAUGGGCAUAGUAGCUUAUUUUUUAUUUAUCAAAUGGCUGAUGUAUCUGAAUCUGCUUUUAUUCGCCAUUAUAUACUUGCUGAUAGUAUUGCCAGUGAUAGUGUUGGAGGUACCGAAAAACGAAACAUGCUCGUCCAAUAACACCGCCAGCGUAGCCUGUUGUUCCGAGUUAUAUAGAAAUAAGACCGAUGAAAAUAACAAUGUAAUUAAGAUCUUCUCUCUUCUAUUCUACGGUUCGUAUACGCAUAAGAUCUAUGAGAGUAUAGGUACCAAUUUCCAUUACAAUUCACCGCUGUCGUACAUCUGCACCAUCCUUACCAUCUUCAUUAUUAGCCUGAUAGCGAUUGUACGAUCGGCCGCCAAAAGUUUCAGGGAGAGAAUCGUGGAAGGUGAAGGCCAGUUUUAUCGGUACUGUAAUUUGGUGUUCGGCGGCUGGGAUUACUGUAUUAACAAUGAAAGGUCAGCUUCCAUAAAACACAAGGCGUUGUACAAUGAAAUGAAAGCUCUUCUAGAAUCGGAAAGGUUGGAGGAGGAGCGGCGAAAUCGCACACCGGAGGAGGAAACGAAACUGUUCUUCACGCGUCUGUUUGUUAAUCUAAUAAUUCUCACGGUAUUGGCCGGCUGCGGCUUGUUCGUUUAUUACAUAAUUGACUUUUCGUUCACUCAGAUGUCGGCACAUUUGGCGAAAGAUUACGAGAUAUUGAAUCUGUUCUUCGAAUUCCUUCCAUAUAUAUGUAUCGUUGUACUUAACGUAGCGGUACCAUUUCUCUUUCGAUAUUUGGUCGCCCUGGAGCAUUACAAUCCAUCGUAUGUCGUUGAAGUGACGCUAUACAGAACUAUGUUCUUUAGAUUCGCUUCCCUCGCAGUUCUAUUAACGUCUUUACAUGCGCUUGUCGCGGACAAAAUUCCAGACAAUGAAUGCUCCAAUAAAAAGAACGAACAGCCACUAUGCUGGGAAACAUUCGUAGGACAGCAAUUCAUCAAGCUUUACAGCACCGACAUUUUCAUUCAAUUCUUCAUGACGUUCUUCAUCAAUUUUCCACGGUCGCUGAUUGCUCGUCAUACUGAGAACAAGGUUUUGCGCUUUGUCGGCGAGCAGGAAUUUGACUUGCCCAAGCACGUACUGGAUAUCUUCUACUCGCAAACGAUCUGCUGGCUCGGCUGCUUCUUCGCUCCGUUACUACCUAUGGUUGCUGUUAUCGGAACGUUCUUGCUGUUUUACAUUAAGAAAUUUACUUGUCUAGUGAACAGUACACCAUCGAAUAAGAUUUAUCGUGCCAGUAGGUCGAAUUGCCUCUUCAUGUUCAAUCUGUUGAUUUCCUUUAUUCUGGCGAUGAUACCAGUUGGCUACUCCAUCGCGAAGAUCAUGCCAUCGAAAUCGUGCGGGCCGUUCCGAGGAUUGGAGACAGUGUGGUCUUUCUUGAUCAUGACGUUUUUGCAAUUUCCUAACUGGCUGCAAUCAACUCUAUCCUUUCUAGGUACGGCUGCCUUCGGCAUACCGGCAUUUGUCAUUCUCUCUUUGCUACUGUAUUACUAUUAUGUGAUGUGGUUGGCAAACAAGCACAUGGUGACAGUGUUGAAAAACCAAUUGGUACUGGAAGGUCAUGAUAAACAAUUUUUAUUGAACAGGCUCAGCGCUUUUAUCAAACAACAACAGGACCAGAAUAAAUUUCACCAAGAGGUUAAUGAGUUAGGCACGUUUCAGCAUGUAUAAAUAGUAUGAAACUUCAUUUCCCCUUAUUCUUAUGAAUGUACAAAUUUAGUGAAAGCAUUUUUACAGUGUAUCACGGACCGACCGGCGUUCGAAUGCAUUGUUUUACUUGAGAUUUUUAUAAGUUCUUUUUCUUUUACUUGUCAACUGCGUAAGACUGUCGAUUUUAUCUUCUUUAUUUAUAUUAUACACAAGUGGGCCACUUAUAUAAUAGUUUUUUGAUAAUCUACUGAAUUGGGACUAAAAGUUAUACAGACAAAAAUGAGCGCGAACAAUACCAAAAAGAUUAAUAUGUAAUUUACUUACAUAUUGCAGUAUUUUGCAUUUUAUAUAAACUAAUCUUUUAUAAGAUUUGCAUUGCGAUCACUGCCACAAACGUUAGUUUCCGUUAGUCUUUAGAUCAAUUUCGGGAACUUUAAACAGGACAUAUCUCACAUUCUAGAAAAUCCAGUUUUUCUGUAUAUGAAAAUGCACAUCAGGGUACAAAGGAAAAAAAAGAAAAAAUGGCAUUGUGCAAAUAUUGUGCAAUAGUAAGAAAAAUCGUGAAUUAUUUAAAUAUUUAUAAUUCCGUAUAAUUUCCCACAAUAUCUAUAAAUCGUAUAGAACCGCACACACAUAAUAUUA